AUGAUGUCCCAAGCCCUGAGCAUAACGGCUGCCAUCGAUAUCAGAUCUUGGAGGGCGACACCUGGUGCUUACUCGUGCCACCCUUGCUACCGCGGUCGUCAUCGUACAGGCGAGGCGCCAGGGGUCGAAAAGCUGGCUGGGCCAACCACAGUCAAGCGAGACAUCAAAACCAGCUUCACCGUCAGGGUGAAACAAACAAAUGAUUGGAUCUGGCUACAGAUCAACGGAAUCACGACACCCAUCAGGACUGUUGCGCCGACAGGCGAGCAAAAAGAGACUCAAUGA